UGUGGCUGACAGUGGCAGGCUGUGGCUGUCGCCUCUGACUGCUUUGUUCUGUUUGACUGGAGGUGGAAGAGUUGACAUCUCAGCUGGCAGCCUCCCGAGAGUUCCAGGAAAGCACAGUCCAGAGAGCCCAGCAAGAUGUGAGCGAGGCCCAGGCACAGUUGCAGCAGAAGAUGUUGGAGACUGAGCACAUCCAGAAGAGGCUGGAGGAGGCAGAAGAUCAGAAGAAGGAGCUCCAAGUGCAGCUGCAGAACUUGGAGAGGGAAAGGAAUCAAUUGGUAGAAGUGGCACAGCAAAAUUCAGAAUUGCAGGAUUCCAUGAAUGUCCUAGGGAGGGAAAAAGCCAGGCUGAUUCUGUCUCUGGAGGAAAAGAGCAUGGAUCUCAGAAUGCUGGAACAAAGGAACCUGGCGCUGAACAAUCAGCUGUCUCAGUUUCAUUCUGCUCUUCAGCAGGCCGAACAACUCUCUUCAAGCCGUGCAGGACAACUGAAGCAGCUCAACACCCAGAUCCAGGCCCUGCAGGAUGCAGUGACAGAGAAGGCAGCUCAGCAGGACACUCGAGAGAAGGAGCUGCUGCAGGAGCUGGAAAAGUCCCGAGCAGGAGAACAGAGCUUGAGGAUCUCUGUGCAUUUGCUGCAGGCUGAGGUGUCUGGGCUGCGUCUGAGGCUCCAGAGCUCUGAUGACAAAGCUCUUACGUCAGCCAUACAGUGUGAGACUGUGAAGCUGGAGCUGAAGAAGAUACAGACUCAGAGGAACAACCUCAGAACCCGCAACCUGGAGCUGCCGAAGGACUUGGAGGAAAUUGAGAGAGAUUUGUGUAGGGCUGAAAACAAGCACAUUUCUCGAGAAACUGCCUUGAAGGAAGAGGCUGUGACUGUUCGUCAGGAGGUGGCAUCACUGCAGAGGAAAUUGGAGAGCCAGGAGAAGGAAAGGAAGGAUGUGCUGCAUGAACAGGAAUUGUACCACCAGCAGCUGAGAGACCUGCAAAAGCUCAUGGGUGCACCUGACAUCCGAAGUCAGCAGGAAAGAAUACAACAAUUGGACACCGGAAAGGAAACCAAGCAGGAAGAGUUGAAGCAUGGCACUGCUAUUUUGAAAGAAGGGAGAGGAAAUGCUCUUAGUUCUGCACUGACCAACUGUCAAAUUGCCAAAGGGGCUCUGAAGAAAUACUUUCCUGUCCUGGAGGGAAAGACAUAUCUCCAGCAGGCUGUUGGAGCACAAGAAGAGCAGCUGUUACGUGUCUCACAGACCAUGCUGGAACCAAAUCAGCCGGUUGCAUCAGCUCAGGAAAAGACAGAGAAUCUUGGAUCAACCACUGUGCCCAGGAGGACUCUCGAGCAGGACAUGCAAGGGAUCAGACCACUCAUCAUUUCAUUGGCCAAUGAUACCUGUGGGAUGCAAAUCUGGAGUGGUAAUGAAAACAGCAACAUCAAUGGAAGGAUCAAUGUAAUAAACCUGACGAGCAGAAACUGCUUGCCGAACUUCCUCCAGCACCUGCCGUACCUCUGGGGUCAGUGUCCAAGGAGGCUGUUGCUGAACCUUUUCUGGAGCUACCUGCAGCCCGUGAGAGUGCAGGGCAGUGAUCAGCUGAGGCUGUAUCCUCAGCAGUUCAUCCUGGGUGGACACAGCCAAGAUGUCACCCAUAUAAUGGUGGAGAUGUUCAUCAGGAAACUGCUGGCAAACUCCAGACAGGGCUUGAACCACAUACCAUUGGCAAAUGGCUGGUGA